GCAACCAUGCACUUGAGCUACCUGGCAAUACUCACCGCCCUGUUUUUCCGCCCACAAGCUCACGGUGGCGCUGUCAGUCGCCUCCCACAGUGGGUGGUACCGCUUCGCUAUCGCGUCGACAUCGUGACGCGGAUCAACCAACCCUACCAGCCCUUCGGCGGCAGUGUGGUUAUCGAUCUACGAACGGAGAGAUCUACGAAUAAAAUCGUGCUAAAUGCCCACGAUUUGGCUAUUGGCGAGCAGAGGGCGGUGAGCCUGUCCAUCAAGGAUGGCAACUCAGUGCCAGUUAGCAGCAUAAGGAUGGACAUUAAACUUGCUCGGCUGACUGUGUACGUGAAGAGACCGCUGCAGAUCAACAUCACAUACUCCUUGCGUGUGGCAUUUACUGGUGUUUUGCGAGGUGACAACACUGGAUUCUACAGCAGCAACUAUGUGGAUCACAAUACAACUCUAACGCAAUGGCUGGCGGCCACCCAAUUCGAGCCGAACCACGCCCGCGAGGCAUUCCCCUGCUUCGAUGAUCCCAUUUUCAGGACACCCUUCAAGAUCAGUCUGGCCCAUCCGCACCAGUACCGCGCCCUGUCCAACAUGCCCGUCCAGCGCACCAUUCGCCACGCCAAGCUGAAGGACUUCGUGUGGACGCAGUUCGUCGAGAGCCAUCCCAUGCAGACGUACCUGGUGGCCUUCACCAUCAGCAAGUUCGACCGGCCGGGUUUCACCUCCAGCGAGCGACCGGAUUGUCCCAUUAGCACGUGGGCCCGUCCGGAUGCACUGUCGCAAACGAAGUUCGCCAGCAUGGUGGUGGCACCGCUGCUCUCCUUCUACGAGCAGCUCUUCAACAGCACCCACCGGCCGAAGAAGAUCGAUCUGGUGGCGCUGCCAGAUUACGCCUUCAAGUCGAAGGAGAACUGGGGCAUGCUCACGUUCACGGAGGAGUCCCUGUUGUACGAUAGCCAACGCAGUUCCAUGGACGAUCAACAGGGCGUGGCACGGGCGGUGGCCAUGACGGUGGUGAACCAGUGGUUCGGCAACCUCGUCUCCAUCCCCUGGUGGCACGAGAUCUGGCUGAAGAACGCCUUCGCCCUGUAUCUCUCGCGUUUCGGUGUGCACACACUGCGUCCGGAGUGGGAUUACCAGGAGCGGCACGCCCUGAAGCUCUACCUGUCCGUGCUCGACUACGAUGCGCAUGUGAAUACGGAUCUGGUGACGGCAUCGGUGCCCGAUGAGAGCCACAUUUGGGCGGCGUACAAUGAGAUUGGGGAGCGCAAGGCGGCCGUGCUCUUCGAGAUGAUGCACCGCGUCAUGGGCGAAGGGGCGUGGCUGGCGGCACUGCGCCGCUAUCUGGUGAUCUAUGCCAAUCGCACCGCCACCUCCACCGACUUCUGGAACCUCCUGCAACUGCAGGUGGACCGCAAUGGGCGCUUGGGCAAGGGUCUGAACAUCACCAGGAUCAUGAAAUGCUGGCUAGAGCAACCGGGCUAUCCCCUGCUCACCGUCACCCGGAACUACGACCAACGCACGGCUGUCGUGAGUCAACAGCGUUUCUUCAUCACUCCGCAGUUCCGCAACCGCUGGGCCAUGCAUCCCUGCUGGUGGGUGCCACUCAGCUAUACCUGCCCCACUUGCCGCAACUCGGAUAGCAUCUCCUUCAGCCGCUGGCUCACCUGUUCGAUCUCUAAGACUAAAUCUAAUAGCGUUCUGCUCGAUAAACUGGAGUCGGGGCCCAGCGACUGGCUACUGCUCAAUGUCCAGCACUCGGCUCCAGUUCGCGUGAACUAUGACCUCCACAACUGGCAGCUGCUGAACAAAACGCUCGCUGAUCCCGCAAAGUUUCGUCUCAUCCACCGUGUGAACCGCGCCCAGUUGGUGGACGAUCUAUUCAGUCUGGCCUGGAGCGGCGACAUCGAGUACGACAUGGCCCUGGGCAUGCUCGGCUACCUGGAGCACGAGGACGAGUUCGUGGUCUGGGCCGCCACCGAGAUAAACUUCGAGCGCAUCAACAACGUGGCCAAGCGGAACCCGAACUAUCUCAUCUAUAAGACCUUCAUGCGUCACCUGCUGGAGCGGCAGUUCCAGCGGGUGCUAUCCUCGGACCUGGCCAGUUCCUCGGGCAACAUGAGCCACCGCCCCGUCAUCAUCCGGCUGGCCUGCGAAUACGAGCUGCCCGCCUGCGUGAGCCUCGCUCGUCGGGAGUUCAUGAAGGGAGCGCCGACGGUGGACGGAUGGAUGACCAUCCGCGAGCGGGAAACGCUCGUCUGCACGGCGGUUAAGUUCGGCACGGAAGGGGACCGUGAUACCGUGGAAUCGAUGUACAAGCGCUCGAACUUUGCCGCCGAGAAGGAAUCGCUUUUGACCGCUUUGGCCUGCUCGCGGAAUGUCUUCGCCCUGCAGAAGGUCCUUGUUUGGACUUUUGAGAGUUCGGGGGUGCGAAAGCAAAACGCCAGGCGAACCUUCAAGGCUGUGGUGUCCAACUCAAUGGGCUAUCGCUUGGCCAAGAAGUACGUGUCCGCCCAUAUGCAAAGCAUACGCAACUACUGCAGCAACUCCACGGACAAGGUGGUGAAUCUAAUGAGACCGCUGAUCGAAUGCAUGUCCACUCCGCAGGAAAUGCUCUUCUUCAGCAAGUUCUUCGAGGAGAUCCUGCGCGACAUGCAUGGCAGUGAGCGGCUCAUCAGGAUCCUGAUGGAACGGGGCAACGAUAACAUCCACUGGCAGCGCACCAAGUUGCGCCCGAUGUUGCAGGCCAUUCGGGACAUAAUCCUUUGGCGCACUCGGUAGCAUCAAAAAUAGUUGUCCAAAAGUGGAAUGUAAUGCCUGAUUAAAUAAGUAACAAAAUUCCCCAGCCAUCUGAAUUCAAACCUGCAAA